GACUCUACACCAAGGCAAGAAACAAUGAUAUGGUAGUUCUAAGAAUCUUCCAUGAGAGGGUGAAAGGUGGGUUGUGAAGGUCUCAAGACAACAUCAAUUGUGGAUUCUCCUAAUCCAAGUGACAAAAUUCCUCUCUUAAUUCCUGGAAUAAGAUUCCUGCCUUUGCCAGAUGGGCAAAUACGAAUACACAACAAAAAAAACUUGCAUCAGUUCUGGUACCCAAUGCAAGGUGUGAGGUGUUAUAGAAAGUUAUACUGGAAUGGAAAGUGGAGCUAGAGGGGCCCAUGGUUAACAAAGUAGGAAGGACAAUAUCUCUUUUCAAGUCACUGUGAAUAUUGAACUGGGGCAGGUACUCCAUUGGCUUGUCCAGGAUUCUAUGCCUCACAACUUCCCUCCCUGGCCCCCAUACCCAGUUUGCUUUAUAAAAAGCCAAUGCCUAAGAACAACUUUGGUUUGUGAGAAGUGGGUGAAGGAGAAGGCAGAUAAGGAAGAGCUGUUGUAAGUAGUUAUAUUUAACUGAGUAUCAAGACGUUGGCUUGUACCUGAAGAAUAUAGUAUCAUCAAGUUCCAAAUUUCAGGGGCCAGCAACUUCAAUCAGGAGAAGAAAAAAGAAAGCGCGCAUCAGGGCAGAAGAUGUACCAUCAUCACCAACAUCAAGGAAAGAACAUCCACUCUUCUUCAAGAAUGUCCAUUCCUCCCGAGAGGCAUUUAUUCCUGCAAGGUGGGAAUGUUCCUGGAGAUUCAGGACUUGUCCUCUCAACUGAUGCUAAACCUAGACUCAAAUGGACCCCAGAUCUUCACGAGCGUUUCAUAGAAGCAGUUAAUCAGCUGGGAGGAGCAGACAAGGCUACUCCAAAAACAGUAAUGAAACUUAUGGGGAUUCCAGGACUCACCUUAUACCACCUAAAGAGUCAUCUUCAGAAGUACAGGCUCAGUAAAAAUUUGCAUGGACAAGCUAUUAUUGGGGCCAACAAAACUGGUAUAGCCGGACAGGGGUGUGACAGAGUAUCUGAACCAAAUGGAACAACUUUGAACAAUUUAAGCAUUGGACCUCAGACAAACAAAAACUUACAUAUAAGUGAAGCACUACAGAUGCAAAUUGAAGUGCAGAGAAGGCUGCAUGAGCAGCUUGAGGUACAGCGACACUUACAGCUCCGGAUAGAGGCUCAGGGAAAAUACCUGCAGGCAGUGCUGGAAAAAGCCCAGGAGACACUUGGAAGACAAAACUUAGGUGCUGUGGGACUUGAAGCUGCCAAAAUUCAACUCUCUGAACUGGUGUCCAAAGUAUCCAAUCAAUGCCUGAAUUCUGCAUUUUCAGAACUGAAAGAACUACAGGGGUUGUGCCCCCAGCAAAUACAAGCAACCCAGCCCAACGAUUGUUCAAUAGAUAGCUGCCUGACUUCCUGUGAAGGAUCUCAAAAGGAUCAAGAAAAACACAACAGGGGGAUGGUGAUGAGACCUUAUUCCGGAACUCAAUUCUUGGAGCAGAAAGAGCUUUCUGAAGACCACAUGCUUCAGAAGACAGAACUCAAGUGGUCUGAAGACCUAAAAGAGAGCAUGUUUCAUUCUUCAAUAGGUAAAGAUGCAGAAAGAAGAAUGCCUGUGGAGAGAAGCUCCAGCGAUUUAUCCAUGAGAAUAGGACUUCAAGGAGAAAAUGGGAAUGGCAGCAACAACUGUUCUGUAGGAAGAUUUAAAGGAAGGGACUUGGAUGACAGUUUCCUAGACCGUAACAGCAAUAGGGUGGAAUCAAGUAAACUAGAAAAUGAGAAAAUUUCACGAGGAUACAGACUGCCUUACUUUCCAGCGAAACUAGAUCUUAAUGCCCAUGAUGAAAAUGAUGCUGCUACAAGUUGCAAACAAUUCGACUUGAAUGGUCUCAGCUGGAGUUGAGAGGUUUUAAAACAAAUGAGAGGAAAAAGAGACAAGAUUAGGCCAUUGGAUUUACAUAGGAAGGGAAUGAUCAGUAAGAUAUCUGCUGCUCUCUUGUUCAGGCCAAGUUGCCAGGAACAAUCAAUUGAAGAAAUUGGAAUAAAAUGCAAUGACAAAUAUAGAUCACAUUUGAAAGUA